AUGGCUCAAACUGGUGUCGAUAUCACCAAUUUGCCGAAAACAGAUGAUAGUUACUGUUGCAUUGUUGUUGCAAUGGAUCACUUUUCCAAAAGGCCCGAGGCUCGAUCAUUGAAAUAUUACACAGCGGAAAGUGUAGGAAAGUUUCUCUUUGAGGAUGUUAUUUGUCGGCACUUAAGAGAAUUCGUAAACAUAGUGUCUGCAGAUCUACAUAAACUGACAGGAACACAGCAGCACAUAACAAAUGCUUACUAUCCUCAAGCAAAUGGCUUCGUAGAGCAACAGAAUCACACUAUAAAAUAUACUUUUAUCAAAUCCCUUGAGGACCGUAGCAACUGGGUUGAAUGCUUAUCAGCAGUCCUGUUUGCAUAUCGAACAGUCAAACAUUCUUCAACACAUUUUACCCCGUUUCAAAUUUUAUACAACAGGCAAGUUACACUUUCAGUUGAACUACAGCACAACCCAACUGCCAAAGAUCGGGACAGUUUUGGAUGUGAAACUUAG